CCCCUUUUUUAUCGCCACGCGAUAUUACCUCGGGCGCUCUCUAUCGCGGAUCUCGUUUCAAGCGAAUCAAAUUCGUAGUCGAGAGUGCUGGGCCACCUUUUUUUUUUUUACCCACCUGUAUAUACGUCCGAGUCGAUAGUAUCGGUGCAUUUUGACGAGUGAAGUGUGACUUUAGUGAAGUUGAACUUCAAAGUGAACGUAGGAUGUAAAAAAUCUUCCAAGCCACUCGACUGUGAAACCAACGAGCCACACGGGCACACCACGUGGUGACAAACACACAACACAGCGAUCAUCCAAACAGGGGGACAAGAAAAAAAAGAGAGAAGGCAAGAGGAGGCUUUAAUUUCCGAUGUCGAGCGUCCCGAUGAGCCUCUGGGGCAGCCGAGGUGGUGGCGCCGGUAAUAAUAGAAGCAGUUGGCGGUCGAGUCGCGUACGCCGGCAGCUGUGGGAGCCGGCCGCGAAUCGACACUGACACCUGACGCUUCUCCGUUUUAUCCAUAGCAACACCCACCCACACGUUGUUGUUGUGCACAAAGGACACGCGGAAAAAUGCGACGCACGUCGUGGCUUGUGUUUCUCCCGAGUCUGCUGACGCUGCUGGCGGACCGGAGCAUCGGCUGGAUCGACGACAACCUCCACGCAGUGCAAGAGAUCUGGGCGACAGAGGGCGAGGACGUCGAGCUCCCCUGCGACCUGAGGCCGGACGGUCGAGCAAACGACACAGUCAGCAUGGUGCUCUGGUUCAAAGACGACGCUGGAAUUCCUCUGUACAACCUGGACGCGCGCGAGCGGGACUUGUACAAGGCGGUGCACUGGACGAUGAGCGGCGACCUGGGCAACCGGAUGUACUUCCGAGUGGACAGCCAAGGCGACGUGGCUCGGCUCAAAAUCCAAAACGUCACUUACGAGGACCAGGGGGUGUUUAGGUGCCGCGUCGACUUUGCCAACUCGCCCACCAGCAACUACCGCGUCAACCUCACUCUCAUUGAGCCACCGUCUAAGCCUGUAAUUUACGAUGCACAGGGUCGAGAAGUUCAAGGGACAGGCGGACCAUUUCUCGAAGGUUACGACUUACUCUUGACGUGUCGAGUGGCCGGUGGAAAGCCGAGGCCAGUGGUGACCUGGUGGCAGGACGACGCCAUGAUGAACGGCGUUGUGGACACGCCAACGGUGAUCGGCUCGGCGAGCAAGUUCACGGAGAACCGGCUGUUUGUGCCGAAAGUGACGAGGUCGCUGCAGGGGGCGAGGCUGGAGUGCAGGGCCGAGUCGACGGCCCAGGGCAAGUCGGUGUCCACGGUGAAGAAGGUGCCGCUGGAUAUAUAUCUGAAGCCAGCAGUGGUGAACAUCAACUUGGCCGAGGAUCAGAUCCACGCGGGCCGGCCGAUGACCGCGCGCUGCAAGGCCUGGGGCAGCUCACCCCCAGCGCGGAUAGUCUGGCGCCUCGGCAGCCUCGUCAUCAGCAGCGAGUCGAGCUUGACCACGAGCUUGCGCAGCAACUCGACCCUCAGCAGGCUGGCCCUCGUGCUCGACAGGGACGACGACGGCAAGGAGCUCACCUGCCGCGCGGAGAAUCCAAGGUUCCCCGGGGGAGUCCUCGAGAAGAGCAUCGUACUCCGGGUUCUGUAUCCGCCCAGCGCCAGUGUUAAGCUAGCCGGUGGCUUCGACCUGGACACCCUCAGAGAGGGCGACGACGUCAAGUUCGUCUGCGAUUACCGGAGCAAUCCCGAGCCAACGAGCAUCGAGUGGCUGCACAACAACGAGCCGCUCCAGCACAACGUCGAGGCCGGAGUACUGGUCGCCUCGAGCAGCCUGACUCUGCGUGUCCUGGGCCUCGGCCACACCGGGGCUUACGCGUGCGUCGUCAGAAACGCCGUCGGCGAAGUCCAGAGUCCACCGCUCGACAUCCGCAUGAAAUUCACUCCGAGGUGCAAGCCGGGGCACGAGUGGCAGGAGGUGGUUGCGGCGCGGGGCACAGCGUUAAGGCUACGCUGCGAGAUCGAGGCAGACCCGCGGGACGGUGUGCGGUUCUCAUGGACGCGCAACAGCAGUCUCGGGGACGUGUUCGCGGUGGCGCAUCCCCGGCCGCUCAGCGCGACCCUCGAGUACGUGCCCAGGACCGACGAGGACUACUCGACCCUGGCUUGCUGGGCGAGCAACAACGUCGGCAGACAGAAGAGGCCCUGCGUGUUCAAUAUCCUACCCGCAAGCCCACCGCAGAAGCCCCUGGACUGCAGCAUCCGGAACGACACGAGGGCAAUGGAGGUGAAAUGCCAGCCCGGAGCGAGCGGCGGACUACCCCAGCACUUCCUGUUGGAGGUGAGGGGCACCUUGGAAAACUCGAGUCUACUGAACCAGAUACCCCAGAGCGAUCAAGGGGUGGGCGAGGCCACGCCCGCCGCCGCAGUUUACCAGGACCGCAACGACCUGCCGAGUUUUCAGCUGUUCGGCCUGUUACCCGGCUACGACUACACGGUCGCGGUUUUUGCGGAGAACAGCCAGGGCCGGAGCCAGCCCGUGCUCAUCGAGAACAUCAGGGUGGCCGAGCCGAUGAAAAAGAGACCGCCCGACUCUCGCUUCCUCGACAACCUGUCCGCGGCACUGCCGACCAGUGCCAACCUCGAAAGUGCCUUUAUCGUCGCGGGGCUGAUUGCCGUCGUAUCGUUAAUGUUGGUGGGACUCGGAGUGGCGAUUGGACUGAUGAUCUGUCGUCGGCGGCCAAGCCCAUCACCGGCGCGAGAGAGCCUCGACGACUUCACCAUGCCAACCUACAUUUCAGCCCAGAGGGUCGAGCCGAGGAUGAGAUACGGCACGAACAGGCGGCGAUCCCAGUGCACCAGUCUUUACAUGGAGGAGGGUCGCAACGAGCCAGAUUUGCUGCAACAAGUCGAUUUGGACCUCCAUGGACGAGACGAAAGGAACUAAGACUUUUGUUAUCAAAAUUUUUUUAAAUUGCCUUACUACAUGAUGUACAGUCUUAUGAAUAAGUAAAUGCCUAUCGCGUUGUUUUAUACGAAUGAAGACAUACGAGUACCUAACUACACGUAAUUUUAAGGAAAUAUCGUAACUUAUAAUCGUGCGCACCUGAGCUCAAGACCAAAAGUAUAUUGUAACUUUCUUUUUUUUUUCUUUUUUUUUAUGUACAUGUAAGUGUAAGCAAUAGUCUAUAAGUAAGCACAAAAAAAUCUUUAUUACGUAAUAAUGAAGCUUUGUUUACAAUGUUGUAUAAUUUAAGCGAUACGUUAUUUCUUGUUGUGUCAUUGUAAAAAACGCUAGUAUUUUUCUAAACGCCAAUACGCUUCGGUAGGAAUAAAUUUAAAACUUGGUCGCAAUAAGGAACGUGUGUUUAAAGGGCCUGGAGUAAAAGAGAGAAUUUACAAACGAAUUCAAAACUUUCCCUAUAAACGCCCGAUGACGUGAGAUUUACAGCAGCCUGGAUCGCUUCGAUUUUAUGUACGCGAAUAAACGGAGACGAUCAGAAACCAGAAGUGUUAGUAUCAGCCACCAGGUCAAACGUACAGGAUUACUUUGAACUUUCUUCGAAAGUCCUGCGAGCAUUUCACUCGAUAACCACAAGUCAGCAAUACGUCAGACCGAGCAUCCGAAGCAAACAUCUUUUUUUCCUCCAAUAGUCGAACUAACGAAACCUCGAUGCUCAAUCGGUUUCACUUGGUCAAGCGAGGA